AUGACAUUCAAUCGUGCUCCCUCUCAACAUAGUCAAGUCUUCCACUCGACUCCGCAAGCACACAUCUUCAUCGAGUACAAGGAGUUUGCAUCUGUCCCUAACCAUCCUGCCUUUACCGAUAUCCCCAAGCCAUGGCAAACAUCCAUGCGCUCUGGACUACUCUCAGAUAUCCGCAAGGGCGUCAAGGAACUCGCACAACACCUGGAUUCCGACUGGCCAGAAUGGGCAGCCACUCGCACCAAUGCGUUUGGAACCAUCAUCAGCGACCUAUUCGCUCAUUUCUUAUCCUGGCUGAAUUCGCUUCCUGCCCACGCCAGAUCCGGCAACGUCGGAUCCGCAUUUGAGCAACACCUGUUUGCGGAAGCCGAGGCCCGUCAUACGCUCGAGUUUUGGUGCGACUCGGGGGUCCCCCCACCCAGUUGGUUCCAUCUGUCGCAAAAGGGCGAAAAGUGGAUUAUGAAUCCCGGUCAGCCGGUGAUUCCCAAGGCAAAGGGACGACCGAGUUGGAGGUAUUACCAUGAAAUGAUGAAGUCGGAUGGCCUGGACUGUGGUAGAGGCCUUGCCCGAGGGUGGAGGCUGAUAGAGAUAUAG